ACUCAGGCAAUCAUCGUGAGUCCUACUGGAUGGACUAAUGCAGCAACAAUAGAUUCCAUCUAUGACUUACUGCACAUGAUGGGUCGUGACGAUAUCCCAGUUGGUCUUGGAGAUGUUUUUGCAAUAGAUCAAUCAGAUCCAGUAUUNGCAGCUNUUGGAGAAUGCAAGUAUAUAAAAGCCAUUCCCCAUGGAAAUGGGGGAUUACUGGACUCUGAUACUCUUUAUGGUCUUGCUCGUGAUCUGCCACGCAGCCCACGAAGGUAUACAGCUGAGAAUUCUGUGAAGUUUGGAGCUCCCCGGGAUACAGAUCACCCUGAACUCAGACAACCACUGGCCAUGGAAGUUUGGGAGUCUAUAUUACAAAAAACAAAUCCAGGGUCUAAGAUUACAGUGCUGACUAAUGGACCCUUGACUAACCUGGCAAAGGUUGUAUCGAUGAAAAACAUAAGCUCAAGAAUUCAGGAUGUAUAUGUAGUUGGUGGACACGUUAGCAGCACUGUUAAUGACAAAGGAAAUAUAUUUUCAGUUCCUUCCAACCAAUAUGCUGAGUUCAACAUGUUCUUGGAUCCUUUUGCAGCCAAGACAGUGUUUGAAUCGGAAGUUAAUGUGACACUCAUUCCACUCAAUACCCAGCGCAAAUCAAGUUCAUUUUCAGCCAUUUUAGGCGAGUUGCGUAGAACACCAAGAACACCAGAGGCUGUGUUUUCCAAACGUUUGCUGUCACGGCUAUACCAUUUAAAGCAAUCUUAUAGCAUGUAUCAGCAUAUGGUAUAACUUUCAGCCCAUGGUUUUUUUCUUUCUAGCUUUUCAC